AUGGAAGUUUCUGGAAUUGAAAUGCUUUCCCUUGGAUCGUUUAAGACUGGUGUCAUUCUAUUGGCUGGGCUUUUUGUAUAUGAUAUUUUCUGGGUAUUUUUCACUCCUGUUAUGGUUAGCUUUGCAAAGUCUUUUGAUGCUCCAAUAAAGCUUUUGUUCCCUACAGCUGACUCUGCCCGACCAUUUUCCAUGCUUGGACUCGGUGACAUUGUCAUUCCUGGUGUUUUUGUAGCACUAGCAUUAAGAUUUGAUGUGUCUAGGGGGAACGUGAGCCGAUAUUUUAAGAGCACAUUUUUGGGAUACACGGUGGGCUUGGUCCUUACAAUUGUUGUCAUGAACUGGCUUCAAACUGCACAGCCUGCACUUUUGUAUAUUGUACCGUCUGUUAUCGGAUUCUUGGCUGUUCACAUCAUAUGGAAUGGAGAAGUUAAACCGUUGUUGGAGUUUGGUGAAUCAAAGACGGCAGUUGCAACGCAAGAAGGUUGCAAGAAGGUGGAAGAUUGA